UCGACUUGAGACUCCCGUCAUGGUGACAGGCCCAUGUGACCGUGGUACACACGAACGCGUCCACAGACCCGCGUCGGUGCCCGCGUUGCUGUGUUCACCAACCGCGUCACCCCUCACGCGCAUAGACUCUCCACGACCGAGGCAGACGAAAGCAAGAUGGGAGGGGCAAACUACAUGGGCGGGAAGAGGAACUUUGUCAAGACACGCGCAAAGGAUGCUACCGGGAAAGCACAGCGCAAUCAUUUUGGGAAGCAGCGACUCGGCAUUUUGACAAGGGGCCUUAGCAAAUUCCACUCCGGGGCAUUGAAGUCGACAGAGGGCGGUGCGAACGCCUUGGCCAGGAUCUCCCUGGCACAUGCGCAACACGACUUCCAGGUGCAGUCGGGGAACGUACCUCUUUCUGACGAUGGCUCGCUGUUGCUCCCACGAACACCUGGGUCGUUUCGCCUGCUGUGUAGAGGACCUGCUUCUGAUAGCGCAUCCAGCAAGAGUAGGAGUCACAGCAGUGCGCAUUCCUCAACGAUCUUGAGUGCGCUGGACGUCUCUGUCCCAAUCUCUCUCCGCGCGGAGAUGGAUCGCAUCUGCAACAUCCCUAAUCUUGCUGGACUGGCCGUGAAACCGGAGCGUAGACCGCACCUUGCGGAUUAUGAGGACGCGGGAGAAACAGUAGACUCGUCGUCUCCCGAAACGCCUGAACCUCCUCGCAAGAAGCGGAGGACAUCGCCUAGUGCAACCAGGAGUUCGUCUAGCGACCCUAUGGGAUCACCUCACAUGCGCCCACAAAGCAAUCCAUAUGCGGGCGGUGCCAGUGAUGAAGAUUUUACACCGCUGUACCUCUCCGAAGGGUAUCCACCUCACGCCAGUACUUCCAGACAUAUGCCCGGGUUCAUCAACCAACUCGACUUCGGUCAUCUCGCGCAAGUGGACCCGGAGUUCGAGCCUAUGCCCCUUGAUAGUAGCCCGACGGUGCCUCAGAGCUUCAAUGACUCUGGGUUCUCGGAAUCCUUUCCAGCGCCAGGGCCCAGUACUUUCGGAAACAAGAAGAAUGUUGCAGCACCAAACGUUCGUCGCGACUUCGAACGAGCAAGAUAUCCCUUCUACGGCGAUCGGAAUGUCCAAGACACAUCUUCACGCACACAGAGCCCUUGCGCGGCGAAACUCGGGCGUAGCGCAAUGGCAUCGACUGCAUGUCCGGCCAAUAGUAAUUUGCUGGACGGCCCUCAUGCUUCAGAACGCCUCGCGACCUCCUCGGCCCUUCCAAGUUCACUCUACUUGCCUUUUAGUCAACCGUCGCUCGACACGUCUUCGACUAGCCUUGGCUCUCCUGCUCAUGGAUCUCAGGUCCCUUCUCAGUCAACUUCUCGGUUCCUCACGAAUACUCAGUCACCGGUGACAGUUCAUGCUGAGCGAUCUGUCUUCAGCGCAGCGCGCGACCGUCUAGAGGGAGAUGACUUGCCUCCCUCAACGAUAGCAUACCUGGACGAGUAUGAUUCUAUUCUAGAACUUCCGAGCGAGGACAGUCACUUCUUGUCGGCUACCUCGAGGCGCAGCUCGCUCGAUCGGCCUGUGACAAGUAGAAGCCAAUGGACCAAUAGUGCAUGGCAGCUCGCUCUUCUGCCUUCCGAGCCGAAGCUGCUUACGAACUCUCCGCCCGCUGAAAGCAAGACGGACCGCCUGCCCUCAGUCGACGAUUACGACUCCGGCGUUGUUCAGGAGAGUCUCUACGACGUUCUCCAUGGCGAACUCUUCGAAGGCGCGGAUCCAUGGCGUGCGCUCGACGACGUACUAGGGCUUCACUCGGAUCAGCCUCCUGUCGAUCUCAGCCAGGAUAGCGGUUACGAUGCAGGGGUCAAUGAACCUACUGGCAGGCUCGAGGCUAUUCCGUCAAUCCUGGGUCAAUCUGCUUUCAUAAAUCAACUAGGACCCCAUGAAGAUGUCGAAACGCAUAUUCCUACAAGCUCACCUGCGAAACUCGACUUUGUCUCCUCGCAAGUUAUAUGCAUCUCUGCAUCUGCUGCUCGUAGCUAUGAAGACAACGACAAUGACAUCAGAAACGGUCACAGCCAUCUCCCAAAUGAAGCUGUCUCAGGGAGUCCAGCUACAGCGGGGACCGGAAGUCUGAAACCAUACAACGAGGUAGCGCAUGGCGUGGGGCGAGGCGAGUACCCUGCUGAUGUUCAAACAAUAUUUGGGCCUCGGUCGUUCACCGAUCAAGACCAAUGUCCCUCUCAGGACGUCGCCAGUCUCGCUCAAGAUGAGAAAGACGCAACACCAUCCCAAUGCUCACCAGAACUUAGUCUCUGUACACAACCCACUCAGUCUAAAGCUGUUCAAUCCACGGAUGAGACCCCGACGACUAGGCCAGUUGCGUCACAGGAAGAUCUUGCGACUAGUGCUGUCCGCCUGGCAAGCAUAGAAGGACCUUGCUUGUUCAUGGACGAACCGUUGUCGGACGAGGAUUGAUAUAUGUAUGCUACAGUGAAAAUGCGCGGUUCGGUUACUGCUUUGCGUCGUGUGCAUGAUCUUUCCCUCAUUUGACUCCUGCCCGUAUCAGGGCAAUUCAACAUCCUUCCAUACUAAGAUAUUCCCUGAGCGCAUUACAGGCCAGCAGCGAAGGAACGCUGAGAGCUGGAUGCUGAACGACAGACUGGAAGUAAUAUUGAGAUUCGUGGAACUGAUAGAACUAGAGCUAAUGUACUAUGAACACGACGUGAACGGCGGCAGUGCCUACUAUCAUCUUCGUAUCUCCUUGAGCUUGUGAGAGAACGCUUCUCGACAUUGAUAGUGCGUGACUUCCCCUCUGUUAGAUUCUAUCAGCAUGACCCGAAGCAGCUCAUGCAGCAAACCUACCUUGGAGCAUGUACAGCGAUGACACUGUUGGAUCCGAUGCGCUUAUGACACUGAGGGCAUCUAG